UCUCAACAUGUAGGAAGUAAACAAUGUGUGCUGUUUGCGACUCACAUACAACUCAUUUGUCUAUUUCGCAAAUCUCUAAAAACCAGGUAGUCGUUAUUCACUUACCUCAUUGCUAUUACUAUUUAAACCAUACUCACAACCGUUCCUUCUACAGCGACUUCUACCACAACCAUUCCAACCAUGAAUCUAAGGUUGAGGUAUUCCAACUUAGCCACCCCCUCCUGAUAUCAAUUUGCUCCUUCUCCUCAUAAAACUCCUAUUCUCGAGUUAUACUCGCAUCAAUACGACUGGACAUUUACUUCCCCAAUACCAAGUUCUUCACGACUAUCAAGAUACCUAUCAUCAUGGGCGGCUCUGCAUUUUCAUCUGGAAGCAAUCCACUUUCCACUCCACGGAUGCCUCCUGGAGUAUAUCGACAUGUUCUCAGUACAUGCCAUGCCAAGCUCCGAGAGCUCUUCUUCGUAGUCGCCUCUCCUAUUGAAGGCCCUGCAAAAGAGGACCACGGGGAUAUCGAUCUAUUAGUAGCAUUAGAAAAGCAUGCUACGUUUCCGUCUUCUAGAGCUUGCGGCACCUCACUCUCGCCGCCGACUUACGAUCCCUUAGAUGCUGCGGCAUCCCUUCUCGGCGCCGAACGUUCUAUCAGAGAGCAGCCAAAAGCUAUUACCUUGGCUAUCCCGUGGCCGAAUGAUUUAGCCCAGGAGGGAACGAGUUGCGAUGGGCCUCGCUACAUCCAAAUCGAUCUCCAUCUAUGCAACUCCGUCGAGCACCUGCAAUGGAUGUUAUUCAAGUGGGCCCACAGCGAUUUUUGGAAUAUCCUCGGAAGCACCAUCCGCCCGUACGGCCUCACAGGUGACGAGAUCGGCUUACACAUACGCAUUCCCGAAAUCGAAAGUCUGAAUAAAAAACAAUCUAAAGUUUUCCUCACUAGCGAGCCUAUUGAAAUCCUCAGUUUUUUGGGCCUUAAGUAUGAUAGUGCCCAAUGGGAGCGGCCGUUCGCAUCGAAGGAGGAGUUUAUGGAGUAUGUGGCUACAUGCCGACUGUUCUGGGUGCGGCCCGAGCAAGAUGAUAGCGCGACGAAGGCCGACGGGGGUGACCACGACAAGAACAAGUUGAAGUCUAACGAGCGCCGCCGUAUGCCGGGGCGCGCGGCUUAUCGGGGGUGGUAUGACGAGUUCAUUCCCGCAUGUCGCAAAGCAGGACGAUUUACCACGCCCAUUGCAACCCGGGACACGGUACGUGAAGAUGCUUUCGAGCAGUUCCCUGGUACGCGAGAAGUCUAUAGAAACCGACUCCUGGAAUGGCGCAAAGAGCAGCAGCGACAGACGCUUUGGCGGGGAGUUAUCAAGGCCUCCAUACCGGAGUGGCAAGAAGGUGAAGAGGAGAAUAACAAGAGACACUUGCGUAGCCUGGCAGCUAGCUCUCUAAAGAAAAUCAUCAUGCAAGAUGACUAUAGUCUAGGCAUACGCCCGCCAUCGCCGCUCCGCGACCAUGAUGGGUUUUACAACGAGGAUCUUGUUAGGAAAUUCGUCGUAGAUAACUGGAGACGAGUUGGUGAAGCUGCUUGGGAGGAAAGCCAGAGAAAGAACACCGAGCGACUUGCAGAACAGGGAGCUAAGGGUACGUCUUAAGAGGUCUGGGAAAGCCUGGAUAAAGUAACGUGGCGAGGAAGAAGAAGGGUGUUGGAGAGUGUAACAUAUUAGAAACUAGCUUAUGGUCGGACAAAGUACGUCUAGUUACUCUAGGCCGACACAAACAUCUCACAAGGGUGUGAGAGGUAACUUAGCU